UGGGACCAGAUCUGCUGGUCUGCCUCUGAGCAGAUCUCCUGAAUUAGGCCCUGAAGGGAAGAUAAAAGUGGAGGAGCACCUUUGGCCCCCAGGUUCAUGAGUGUUAGGGAUUGGGCAGGACACAGGAGUUUGCUCCGCCCCAAGCAGCGCGGGACACGGACCGGUACUUUCACUUUCCUACUUUGGUACUUUCAGUUUGAAGCGCGCGGAAGGCCCAGGCGCGGGGCUCGGCCCCGACCCCGUUAAUUCAGCUACAAAUGUAACACAAAUAACGCCGACGGGUCCGGCCUCAAACCCUUAGGCUCCGUGACCCGUGAGCGGAACUGAUGCUGCAGCCUCGACCCAGCUACGAUGACAGGGAAGGUUCCCUCGUUCUCCCCCGGCUCCACAGUGAGCUCCGCUCUGCCCGGCUACGUCGCUCUCUGCCUCGCUCUACAGGUUUACAGGCUGGUAUCAGCGCAGUUCACAGUGACUGGACCUGACCACCCAGUCAUUGCCUCCCUUGGGGGGGAGGCCGUCCUGCCCUGCCACCUCUCCCCCAGGAUGAGCGCUGAAAACAUGGAAGUGAGAUGGUUCCGAUCCCAGUUCUCUCUAGCUGUGCACCUGUACCGUGAUGGGCAGGAUCAGUAUGGAGAGCAGAUGCUGGAAUAUCAAGGAAGAACUGAGCUCUUAAGAGACCACAUCACCAAUGGGAGUGUUUCUCUGAGAAUACGCGAUAUCCGACCCUCUGACAAUGGGCAGUACAAGUGUUUUUUUCAGUCCGGUGUCUCUUAUGAAGAUGCUUUAUUGGAACUACAUGUGGCAGGUUUGGGCUCUGCUCCUGCCAUCUCUGUGGAGGGACAUCAGGACGGAGGGAUCCGGGUGGUGUGUCGAUCAGCUGGAUGGUACCCAAAGCCUGAAGCUCAGUGGAGAGAUCUCCAGGGGCAGCUCUUACCAUCAGCCUCUGAAAACAUAUCCCCAGAGGCCAGUGGCCUGUUUCAAACAGAGAUUGCCAUUGUUCUAACAGAAGAGUCCAAACAGAGAGUGUCCUGCUGUGUCAGGAACCCGCGACUCAACCAGGAGAGAGAGUCAGAGAUUUCCAUAGCAGAGCUGUUUUUACCAAGGGUCAAUCCCUGGAUGGUGGCUCUGGGUGUGAUCCUGUCUCUCCUGGCUGUUCUCAUUGGCCUGGCCAGUUACUGCUUCUGUUGGCAACACAGAGCGAAAGCGGCGCAUCGAGCAGAGAGAGAGAAACUGCAGGGUGAACUCAAGUGGAGAAGAGCCCUACUAAAUGCAGUGGACGUGACUCUGGAUCCAGACACGGCAAAUCCCAAACUCGUCCUGUCUGAGGAUCGGAAACGUGUGAGAAAUGGAGACAAACGCCAGGAUCUGCCCGACAACCCUGAGAGAUUUGAUCAUUAUCCCUGUGUCCUGGACGCUGAGGGGUUCACGGGCGGGAGGCGUUACUGGGAGGUGGAGGUGGGAGACAAGACAGGCUGGGAACUGGGGGUUUGUAGGGAAUCUGUGAGCAGGAAGGGAUGGUUCAUAGCCACACCUGGGAAUGGAUACUGGGCCGUGUGGCUGAGGGAUGGGGGAUACAAGGCCUGCACAUACCCCAGGACCCCCCUCCCCGUGAGCGUCAGGCCCAGCUGGGUGGGGAUUUUCCUGGACUAUGAUGCGGGCGAGGUCUCGUUUUACAAUGUGACUGACAGGUCCCAUCUCUUCACUUUCACUGACACCUUCUCCGGGACGCUCCGCCCUUAUUUCUAUCCUGGUGUCAACACCUGGGGUACAAACGCGGCUCCCCUGAUAAUCUGCCCGGUCCCAGCUCAGGCCGGAGGGAAUCUCGGUCCCUGACAGUGACCCCGCGGCACAGACUGGCCCCUCCCAGCCCAGCUGCUCUUCCC